AUGGGCGCAUGCGCUGCCUCUGCCGGCCCCCGGUCCGCAGCCCCCAGCACUGCCUGGCCACGCCCCCGCCGCCUCACGUGUCGGGGAGCGGGUCCGGCGAUUGGCUCUGCUGUGUCACUCGCCCUUUGCCCCGCCGGCGGGGCUGGGGCCCGUGGGCGUGGGGAGGUGCAGGGGCCGAUUAUGGACGGGGCAGAAGCUGCUGCGCCGGCGGCCGAGGAGAAGGCGGGGGAAGAGGAGGAGGAUGACUUGGGUUACCGGCUUUUCCCGGACCGCAACAAAAAGCCGCAGAGCUUCCUGGUCCGCAGCCUCUUCACGUUCCACAACAAGUGCCAGCUGAUGCUGAGGAUGACCCUGGACACGAAUCCCUAUGCUCAACUUCUUCUUGAGGCUAUGAAGCAAUCUGGUUGCACUGUCUUCAAUGACCGGCACUUUUCUUGUGAAAACUGUGAUGGCUGUGUUAGUGGAGGUUUUGAUUCUGCUACAUCUCAGAUUGUUCUGUGUCAGAACAACAUUCGCCAACAAUCCCAUAUGAACCGGGUGGUCACACAUGAAUUGAUACAUGCUUUUGAUCACUGCCGCGCACAUGUUGAUUGGUUUAAAAAUGUCAAACAUUUGGCAUGUUCGGAGAUUCGAGCUGCUAAUCUCAGUGGAGACUGUACACUGAUGAAUGAAAUAGCCAGGUUUAAAUUUGGAUUAAAAGGACACCAUCAGACGUGUGUACGAGACAGAGCAAUUCGAUCCAUUCUGGCUGUUAGAAAAGUUAGCAAGGAAACGGCAGAAAAAGCUGUGGAUGAAGUUUUUGAUGCCUGCUUCAAUGAUCUGGAACCUUUUGGAAGAAUCCCACACAGUAAAACAGAUGCAAAACGUGCUUAUAGAGACUUUCAGAACAGAGAUCGUUACAAUGCUAACUUGUAAAGCAAAAAACCAUUAAAAUUACCUUAAUAUUUGAUUGUUCUGUGACAUAUGGAGUUAAAGUCUGCAUGCAGAGUUCUGGUGGAAGGGGUAAUUUUAUCAAAUGCAUCAAUUGUUUUUGUAAACUUUCCAGGAACCAGCUUCUGUGAAAGUAAACAAAGUAAAUGAACAAGACUAAAAACUGUUUCCUCACCUGUUAUUCCAGCAAGAUAGUUUAGUACACCAAAUGACUUGUUAAAUAAUGAUCUGCACAUUUCAAUGCACAUUUAGUUCUGCUCAGUCUGACUAGGACUUGGUUUCUAGAAGUUUUGUUCUUGCUGAAUAAAUUUUUCAUAAAAUCUUUACAUUUCCACUAUCUUUGAUACACAGUCACAAACCUGAUGAUCUUCAUCAUACCAUUUUAAAAGAUGGACACCUGAACUACAGCUCUCGGGUCUAGGUUUAAUAGCUAUGUAUAACCCAAAUUUAAUAAACCGCCACAUUUGGUUUUGAGCAUCUCCUGAAA